GUAAUCGAUAGACGGAGAUAAUUUAAACAUACCCUAUAAGGUGUAUGCCCGCUUGGUAACCUCAGGCAGUCGCUUUCUCGUCGCUCUGCGCACAACAUCAGGCCAUACCAGUAUUUGCAUAACACAGUGUGCUGGGUGGCCAGGGCCAAGUGACAGAAAAAGCAGACAUAAGGUUUAUAAAGACAAGAAAACUUGAGAGCCAUGGACGAGAUUCCUAAAGAAAACACUCAAAGAAACGAACCUGUCGAAAACCCCCAGUUUAUGCCGACGUCUGCCACAGCCGAAGACACCUCCGACAACUCCCGCACAGGAUGUUGCAGAAGAAAACGACCAUUUUCAUUGGCGGCAUUUUUGAAGAAAUACUUCUGGGAGGGUCAAUCCUUGACUGCCACUCACCAGAAAGCCAUUGAGACCAUACGACAUGAUGCCAAGUGGUAUCAGAAAGCGAUGAUAUUACAUCGCCGAAUUAUUGGAAUCCUCAUCCCAAGUUCCUUGUUUCUCUUCAUAUGGCUGACUAUCAUGGCCAAGCGGAACCUGUGGCACCUUUUCAAUGAAAAGUAUUUCAUGUCCAUUACGAUGGUUUUCGGAUCAUUGAUUGCAGGAAUGACCAGCGAAGGGGGUGGUGCCGUCGCCUUCCCUGUGAUGACCCUUGCCUUUGGAAUCAAGCCUUCCAUCGCCCGCGAUUUCUCCCUGAUGAUCCAGUCAGCCGGGAUGACUGCCGCUGCCUUUACCAUCAUCUGGAUGAAGGUUCAGUUGGAAUGGCAUUCCAUUAUAUUCUGCUCCCUUGGGGGAGGAAUUGGUACAAUCGUCGGCUUAGAGUUCAUAGAUCCGCGACUCACCCCGCAACAGAAGAAAAUGGGAUUUGUAUGCAUCUGGUUUUCUUUCGCUUUCGUUUUGUUCUGGUUGAACAGAUAUCACAAGAGGCGCACGUUUCCGAAAAUUCCAAAUUUCAACUGGUGGAAAGCGCUAGUGCUUAUUGCCACAGGUCUUCUUGGUGGAGUAUUUACAGCUUUUGCGGGAAGUGGACUAGAUAUAUGUAGUUUCAGCAUCCUUACGCUACUAUUCCGUGUGAGCGAGAAAACGUCAACUCCAACAUCUGUCAUUUUAAUGGCCGGAAACACCGUGGUUGGGUUUUACUGGCGGAGCGUGAUCAUGGAAGCAAUAGAAUUGGAAAGCUGGGAGUUUCUAGCUGUUUGUGUUCCCAUCGUCGUGUUUGGGGCUCCCUUGGGCUCUGUCAUUGGCACCCAUUUCCAUCGCCUGGUUUUGGCUGGUUUGAUCUACAUCAUAGACACAGUCGCUUUGGUGAGUGCCUUCGCUAUCGUGCGUCCUUUGUCCGUUGAGUUCGUCUUGGUAUGCGUAGGUAUCAUAGUCUUCGGAGCACUUUCGUUUUUCUUGCUUUCCCGAGCAGGCCAGAAGUUCUUAGAAGUCAGCGAGAGGGGAGAAGAGGACAUGUGGGCUGAAGAACACAAGAAAUGGGACGAAGAAAAAGACCUCGAAUUGCGCAUUCAGAAUGGUGAACCAUCCGCCGUAGAGGAAACUUCCAGUCAAGCGAACACGGCCGACGAAGGGCAAAUCAAUGCUGCAUUUGAAGACAGUAAACCAUAGUGUUUAUAAGCAUUACCCUGACAAUGUAUUAUUCAUCAUACGUAUGGGUCAUCAGAGAUUUCAUAUACAUGUGUCUGAAUAUUAACGGAACUAGUGUCACGAAAAUUUUGUUAUAAUUCGAAAUGACAUAGUACAUGGUUUCCCCUUCAUAUUGACACUCUUUAGGUCGUAUUCCUUUCCACACUUCUCUGCCACGCUUUUAUGCACGUGUUAGGGGGUUCUCAGCAAGGUAACGUUUUUAUUCACCAGGUUUUGCUUGCGUGACUUUUGUCCUUUUCCCGAGCCCAAGGGGGUUGUCAAUAGCCUGAAUAGAGACGGGGAGAUAUAAUACUGUUAUAGCGACAACGACAAGAUUUGAAGCUUUCAAACAUUUAUUCACUGACUCAUUUUUCAUACAAAUUUAAUAGUAUUAAUAGUAUAUUUUUCCGCACCGAUCACGCAUUUACUUGUUUUCCUCUUUUGCGUGAUUACCAGAAUUAUCCAUUCUGAUUUGUCAUUCCACCAUUCCUCAUUUCCUUAUUAGGCAAACUCUAAGAGCCUUGUUUUCAUUUAGAACUCUAAAGCUAUCUAUCAUACUUAGAUCGUACCCAAAACUCAGUUUGCAUGUCUUAUACACGAGGAAGAACUUACAAUUUAAUUUUGAAAUUAACCAAUCAAAAACACUUUAUGUGACUUUGACAUUUACCAUCUUAUUUAAACACAAACAUAAUUUCCACACAUGUUGACUCUUAAGGAAAUUAAACUUGCACUCA